AUGGCGUUGGAAUGGCCUCCGGAGCUUUGCUUCGAUGGACUGUACACGACUUUCUUGUGCUGUGGCCCUGCCGACCUGGUCGAGGGCCCCUGCUGGAAGAGCCCCAGCGAAGCCAAGCGCUGCUGCCACGGCCGAGCCCUCUCGCUGCGAGAGGAGCUGGUCUCGCAGAUGGAACGCCUGGAAACUCAGUGGCCCUGGUGCGGCGAGGCCAGCAACUACGUCCACAAACGGUUCAUGUCGCAAGGCAUGCGCCCAGGAGCGGCACGGCAAGAGGUCUCAGAGGAGGAUGAAGCUGCCCGCGCCUUGUAUCGUUUCGGCCGCUUGAGCGGGCACCCGAACUGCGGGCCGGAGGCGCUGCGCGAGGACGACGGCGCGGUGAUGUUGGAGGCCUUUGACCGGUUGGCAGCACAGGUGCCCAUGAGCCGAAAACUCGUGAACCUCGGCGGCGGCAGCUGGCGCGAUCCCCUCUGGGACUUGGCCGAGCACCGCAACGCCUCGGGCCUCUUCGUCGAUCCUUUGGGCCCUCCGCGCAACGAGACGCCGCCCGACGCGAAGCGCGUGCGCUUCCUCCGGAGCUUCGCGGAGCCGGAGAAUCUGGCGGAGCUGCUGCGGCGCGGCGGGCUGCAGGUGGGCUUUGAUCGAGGCCCUCUACCAAUCGAUGUACUGAAAGUCGAUGUGGAUGGCUGCGACUGUGUGUUAGCAGCCUUGGCCCUGCGCUUGCUGCGCCCCAAGUUCAUCAUCAUGGAGAUCAAUUGGAGCAUUCCUCCGCCCUUGCGCUUCGUGAGACAAUGCCAUUCUGACUGGAGCAAAUCCUGGGCCAAGUGGAGCUCCGUGGGGUUUCGCUUCACCAGCCACGGCUGCUCCUUGAGCGGUGCCUCGGCGGAGUUCGCCCCCUUCGGCUACAGCUUGUGGCGCCUGGCGGGCAUGGUGAACGCCGUCUGGGUGCAUCGGGAGGUGGCUCAUCUGCUGGGCGCCGAAGUGGACGAAGUGAACUGCUUCAAUCAUGCUUGGCGGAGCCCCGAUUUGGUGCGCUACUUGCACUGGAGCGUGAUCCAUGAUUGGCGCACUGGCCCGGUGCGUGCCGCGCUGGCACAUGCCUGGGGCAACUUGACAUGCUAUGAUCGAGUCUUUGGGAUUGAUCACAUCCCCUUCUCGCUCGGCGUGUGA